UGUUUAGAGAGACACGACGGGCGGUUAUAUUAGUCGCACGGCACAAAGCACGUGAUCUAAUUUGGCACAAAGAAAAAGAUUUUCGUGCAAGCAUGACACGCUGGGCUAGAGGCAACAAUUCCCAUAAACACAAACCAACAGAUGCUACACCAUGGACCAAACUUAGGGCAGGAAUAAAUGGAAGGAUGACUGAGAUUCUUACAGGUUCCAGUAGAGGAGGCUGUUCGGUCAGCCAUUUCCGCAAGGAUGUAUCACACACGUUAUGGAACACUCUGGCUGACCCUAGUUGGAAAAGAGUUAACAAAAACAAAGAAGUAGAUGUGAAUGGCUUUAUCAGUUAUUUAAAACAGACUGGGCAAGCACUACCUAAAGAAUCACAAAGAACAGCCAGGAUAGAAGAUUAUGUUGGGGAGGAACUAGUCACAGCCCACAAAAAAGAAAGGAGAAGAGAACAUCGUAGGGUUAAGAGACAGAAAACUAAAAAGAACAACAUGGUGUGCUUUAACUGUAGGAAGACUGGCCAUGGACUAGCUGACUGCCCAGAAGCUGAUAAUGAUGAAGAGAUGGGCAGAGAGGUCUGUUAUCGCUGUGGCUCAGCAGAACAUGACAUCCAGAAAUGUAGAGCUAAAGUGGACCCAGCUUUGGGGGAUUAUCCAUUUGCCAAAUGUUUCAUUUGUGGAAAAAAUGGCCACCUAUCCAGAUCCUGCCCCGAUAACCCAAAAGGACUAUAUGCAGCAGGGGGUUCUUGUCGUGUGUGUGGUUCAGUGGAACACUUCCAGAAGGACUGUCCAGAGCACCAGACUUCAACAAAUUCCAUCACCCUCGGUCGCCUGUCUAACCAAAUAAGUGCUGACCACGAAGAAGUCAGUGUUCCUGUGAAGGAAGUGCCUGCAAAGAAAGCCAAAGUAGUGGUGUUCUGAGUAACAUCUGCCCUAUCCUGUUUUUAUUGCCCUGUUUUCUAGGAAUUAAUAAACUAAAUUCUAAGUAAAUAAAAUUUUGUAAAUUUUGUAUCUGAGCAUGUACUCAAAUACAAAAAAGGUUUCUGAUUUUUGACUUCAAAGACUAGUUUCAAAUUAUUUUUUUCUUACACAGAUAUACACUGUGUUUGUUUUCACAGGGCUUACAUUGCACUCAACUGGUUCAUUUUUUUGGGUUGUUGUAUAUAGUGUACCAGUGAAAAUUAAAAAUAAAAAUAUAUAGACUUUA